AUUGAAGCAGUGUGACUGGUACCGUGGUUCAGAGAAGGUGUGUGAGCUCGUGCUCCCGGCCAUCCCUUUACAGUGUAAGAAGGUCGCCUCUCACUGCCUUAAACGUUGUGUGGGUGGAGGCAUGGGCGUGUUGUCAUGGUGAGGGCUACUUGACCCCGCCUCAAUACACCCACAUCUGCACCCACACUCUCACACGCCACACCCACAGACAUGCCUGCUCGCCUCGCGCCAGGGGGAGAUAGAACGGCCACGCGACUUCGGACAUAAGGUUGUGAGUGACGCAGGGACACAGUCAUUAAGUGAGGCGAGACGGGAGUCCUCGGAAACCACAUCUGCUGGCUCCGGAAAGAUGGUGAGGUUUGGAGCAGAAUGAAGCUUCAGGAAGUUACAGGAGGAGGGGAUGAUGAUGGCACUUCCUUCUCUGUGUUUGGCGGCCUGAAGGUGACGGCCGGUCUGCUCUGUGGGCCGCGUGGCGUUGCUGGCUCGGCACAUGGAGGGGGAGGGCAGCCGGUCCUCGUGCUUCGCUCUCACAGCCACCUCCUAGUAGUAGCAGAGGAUGAAGGUAGCCAUCCCUGGCCGAGCCAUGAAAAUGGAAGAGUUACCGCACGGUGCGCACCUCACCCCGAUACUCAAACCUGCCAAAAUUCCAUUCAACAACAUCGAGAUCCGCCCUCCCAUUGACUACCUGAGCCUCAAGGCAGACGCGGAGGGCGGGGCACGUGGCCUGGACAGUACAUCGUUGCUGCCGCUUCCUAGUACCUCCAACAACAACAAUAAUAACAAUACUAACAUUAACACCAAGGGAUGGAAGAAGACUGCCAGGUUAUACAGGAAAGAACUUAAGGCCAAAGGCAACAUAAGGCCCUCGACUGCAGUUCGCCGCCACGUGAAGAAAAUAUCCGAGGAGUUUACACUGACGCAGGUGAAGUACGAGAAUGCUGUCAGCACGGAAGGGAAGGACAAGAAUCAAGGACGGUCGUCAUCCUCCUCCUCUUCAUCCGUGGCCAACAACAACAAGACUCUAGCCAAGAACGUUUCCUCCAAGAUCACCUGCACGAAAUGCGAAUCUGCGUCCAAGCCAUCCUCCAAAACCAUGGUGGCGCCCCUCAUCUCUGCCAUCCCUGCCUCCUCCUCCAAACCCUCCGCGACCAAGGGUCCCACCGGCCGCAGCAAGUCGGGACCACCAAGAGAGUCAGGAUCGCCAAUUAAGAAGAUACCGUCCUCCCUCACUCCUCCAGCUCGCCCCAAGCAUGCCUCAGGUGGGCGCUGUGUUGGAGGCGGAGAGUGCGUUGGUCUCGCGCCUCCCACUAGCCCCGCCCCUCACAGGUCCCCGGGAAGAAGGGCCUCCUCCCUGACAGGUGUGUCGCCUCGCUCCAAGCCGGUGUCCUUUGAGCAAAUUAAAAAGGUCAAGAUGUUCACCGAGAAAGCAAUCUUGGAAGGCCGCGUGUUCUCAAUCUUCGGCUACUUCCCCGCCAUCAGGGACGCGCUACGCCGGCGAGGUUGGGUGGAGAAGAUGCAGCACAAUGUCCCGUACCUCAACCCUCACCCCAACAACUGUGUGUGUCCGCACGUUGGUUACCAGGCCUCCUUCCUCCCGCCCGCCCCCGCACACCACGCCCACGCCUCCUCCCAGUCCACAGCCGCGCCCCAGAACCCUCCCACCCUUGCUGUGCCUGCUGCUGCUAAAAGUGUGAAGCAGGAGGAGGAGAAAGGAGAGGAAGAGGCAGCGAAAGACGAGGGUGUGAAGGAAAGUGCUGAGGAAAACGAGAGUUGCACCACCACCACCACCACCACGCCCGGCACUCCGCCUCCCGCCUCACAACCUUGUACCAAUUCAUCCUCAUUACCAUCACCACCAUCACCACCACUACCACCAACAGCACCACCAUCGUGUUCACCACCACCGCCACCGUCACCAGCCUCAACACCAUUACCAGUGUCCCCAUCACCACCCACGUCACCACCGUCAUCAGCCACACCAUCAUCAUCAUCAUCAUCAUCAUCAUCAGUAGAGUCUGAGGACCUUAAAGCCGCCACCACUGCCACUCCAGGUUCUUCCAGCAUAGAUGAAGUAGUGCCCGCGCGGACCAUCCAUCCCCCGCCCCAGGACUCACUCGCGGGGCACUCCGAUGAAAGGACCGCGAGUGUCACCCCGGAUGCGGAGGAGUCUUCCAACACUGUCGAGGGAUCUUCCGCCGCUAGCCAGGAGACCGCCGCUCAAAAGGCGGUGGACAGAAUCAACACUGCCAUACUGGGCCCGUCAGAGGUGCGCCGGGGCCUUGCCGAGUCCAUUACGGAGAGAAACGCGACAAUUUACAAGUACAACACCAAGCACGUCCCGGUGAAGAGGGCGCCGCGACCCAUACCUGCCCAUAAGGAGGAACCUAUUCCUGAAGGGACCAAAGGCGACGAGGCAACGCAGCACGCAGAGGAGCAAGGAGGGGCUGAUACUACGAGGGAGGAGGAGGAGGAGGCCCCGGCGGAGAAUGAAGAGCAGCAGGAGGAGCAGACGAAGGAGCGAGUGCCGACUCCAGAGCCGUACAACCCUUAUGUGGACUUUGUGGUGAGUGACGUGGACAUGCCGCUGGUGGCGCGUCUGCUGAGGAACGUGGAGCCCAACCUGCUGUGGACGUGGACGCGGGACUCCAUCUCCUUCAAGCACCUGAGUCGUGAGCAGGUGGUGAACCGCUUCCCCAACACUCCCUUCACCACCAAGUACGGGCUGUGCGAGACGCUGCAGCAGCUGCACUGGUUCAGCGAGGCGGCUGGAGUGGACACGUUUGUGCCGCGCGGCUACUGCAUCGGGCAUGAGGACGAGCGCACGGCUUUCAUCCACGACUACCGCCUCACCGCCUGCCUCAACAUGCUCAAGUGGCUCACGGAGCGCCACGACACUCACGGAGUCAAUGCCGUGGCCGACCCGCACGGAGAGGUGCCUAUGAAGAGAGUGCGGCAGGCACUGGGCCACGUGGAGCAGUACAUCCAGAGCUGCUGCCACGACGACCUGGAUGUGCCGCCGCCGCCCUCCCUGCGAGAGCACGAGUGGGUGUCGCUCCUCGCAGCCCACCACAAGAUUGUGCAUAACGACAGGAAAAUCAAGGUGGCCACUCCCAACCAGCUGCAGGCUUUGGUUAGGGACUGCGAGUCUGCCCUGGAGCGGGUGGUGCCCUUCUGGCCGCAGCUGGCGAUGGACGGUGUGAGGAACCUGUGGAUUGUGAAGCCCGGGGCACAGUCGAGGGGUCGCGGUAUCUUCAUGAUGAACAACUUGGAGGAGAUCUUGGCGCUGGUGCAGUCCCCGCUCAUUUACGAGACCAAGUACGUCGUCCAGAAGUACAUGGAACGCCCGCUGCUCAUCCACAACACCAAGUUCGAUAUCAGACAGUGGUUCCUUGUGACUGACUGGAAUCCCCUGCACGUGUGGGUGUACAGGGAAUGUUACCUAAGGUUCUGCUCACAACAGUUCGACCUCACCAAUAACAACGAGGCUGUCCAUCUCAGCAACAACGCCAUCCAGUGCAAGUACCUCAACGGGGAGAGGAGUGGAGAGCUGCCCGAGGAGAACAUGUGGGACGUGCACCAGUUCAAGGACUACCUCAGGGGAGUUAAGAAGGAGGGAAAAUGGGAGGAGGUGAUCUAUCCUGGGAUGCGCGACGCUCUGGUUGCCGCUAUGCUCGCUGCCCAGGUGGAGAUGGAUUCCUUCAAGCACGGAUUUGAACUGUUCGGUGCUGACUUCAUGCUGACGGAGGAUCUUAGACCGUGGCUUAUUGAGAUCAACUCGUCGCCUUGCAUGGCCGCCACCACCAGCGUGACGCGACGCAUGUGUGCCCAGUGCCUGCAGGACGUGAUCAAAGUGGUGGUGGACUACAGGAACAACAGGACCGCUGACACGGGUCUGUUCGAACUGGCGUACCGAGACAGCGAACGUUCCAUCCCCAAUCCUCCUUAUCUGGGAGUUAAUCUGCAGGUAGUGGGAAGACAAAUCAAGAAAGGGCCACUACGACCCGAGAAACGGAAAAGCAAGAAAGUACGUCCAGCAGAGCGUCAGGUGAAGCCUCUUUCCCUCAUCACAUUGUCGCUGGAGGAGGGACCCAACAACACAUUGCAAGCCCAACGCGAGCCUGCAGCAAGGGAAUCUUCAGGCACCAUCUCCAGGCAUUGCUCCAUCCUGGACUGCCGGAAGUAUGGCGCUGGAAACAUCACCUCGCUGCCGAUAUUCCCCAACGCAGAAUCAGAAGCUGAGGAUGAGGAGUGCAGGCAUGCCAGACCCCUACUGAAUGCCGGCUGUGAUGGGAAGCACUCCAGGCCUCUACUCCCUGAUGUUUCCUUCGCUGAGUGUGACAAGAAACAGAACUAAAGACACCAGCUGGAGCCACACAAGAGGGUUUCCAGCUCACAAAACGAGGAUGACAAUGCUGAUAAGGUAAUUUUCUCGUUAGGUUCGUCAUGACCAACAACCAAACGUAUUAGGUAAUGAUGAGGAAGAAUGGUAAUUAUUGAAGUUACAGAGAUAUACGAAUACAAGAAAAAAGUGCCAAUGUAAUUAUGAUGUAAGACAAUCUUUUUGCAGUUGUAUAAUAUUUAUGAAACAGAAAAUGGAGAUGAGGACACAUUGCAACACAACUAAUACAUUGGGAAACACACUUUGGGUAACACACAAAUUCUCAUGGGGACGUGCAGUCGUGGUCACAAAUUGAGUACCAAUGUCUUCACUUCCACUCUACUCUGCGAAUUUUUUCUCUUCUUUAUUUUAAAUCUCUGAUCUGCAUACAGUCUCCUUCCAAAACCUGGCAACUAGAUAAACACAGUAUGUCAAAGGAGAACACUAAACACAAUAGAAGUGAGUGGCGUAGGUUAUUCGACUUCUGACCAGUAUCACGCAGAUAUGGGAAUUACCAGCACGACACAAUUUAUGUAUAUUUUGUCUAUGAUGUGAACACAAGGCCAUUCUAACUUGAUCACACUGGAUAAUGAAAAUAUUGUUUAUACGAGAUAACAUGCAAUGAAGCGCAGCUCAAGAGCUGGUGCUGGCAAAGAUCUACUAUUUAACCUAUAUUCUUUUACACAGCAUAUCUUGAACUGAGUUGCAUGUUUAUAAAGUUAUGUACGUCUCAAUUCAUAAGGCCCGAGAAGACAAUGACACAAAAAAGACUGAAGUAAACUUAUGGAACACAGUAAUUCAUAACCCUCGCCUUUGAUCGUCAGUCCUUUGGCUGUUGGGUAAUGACAGUAAGACACUUGUCAGUUGUUGCAACAGUAAAGGAUUCUGUCGACCUAAGCCAUUUGGACAAGUCCUAGUGUUGCUAAAUGUAUUUUGAAAUUCUACCAUAAACACCCACUUAUUUUUUAUUACACUUGAGAAGUCGUAGCAAUCAGACGGUCAUAAAUACAAGAUAGUUUUAUACUGAAUCUCCAAACAUUAUGCCGGUCUUUCAAAGUGUGGUGUGAGUAGUGGAGGUGCGAUGCAGUGUCACGCAGUGAUACCAUGAUGUGAAUAUUAUCUUAGUGAAGUGAUUUAGCUACUGUGAGAACGUGUAGUCGUGUAAUUCUAUUGAUGAGUGAGACAGGCAGGUACGCAGAUGAGGAGGAUUGCAGACUGGUAGAACAAAAGCUAGAGGCGAAAUUUAGAAAAAGAAAAACUAACGGAUAUCUAAUUGGUGAUAACAUUUACUAGCUUUGCAAAUAUCUUAUUGUUGAUUAAUCGGUAAUGGUAAUCUAAAAUUGUUUCUUUUCAUUGUCUAAAAGCUUUUCUUGCGUAAUGUGACAUGUGUGGAGAAUGUAUUAAUAUUUUUAUUUUAUUUUCCUCUCUUUUUUUUGUAUUAUCUGAAAACUGUAGAGUAUUUAUACAUUCAUUUAUCCAGAACUGAAAGAAAAGAACCUCAAGUAAUAUUUUCAGUUUAUCUUUCCUUUCUUUGUAUUAUCUAACAAUUGCAUACGAAUUAUGUCAACUCUUCCGAAACUGAGAGAAAAAUGUAGAAUAAUAUUCAUUCAUCUUUUCUUCUAUCAUGUUAUCAUGUUUAUUGAUUUAGUCAUGAUUUAUCUAAAACAGAACACUGAUUUUCUAUUUAUCUUAUUACGUAUCAUGCAGCUAUACAUGUAUUGACUAAACGUUAGGCAAAAUAAUGGGAUAUGGCCAAAGAAAGCAUUCAGCAGUGUUGCUUGAAUCAAUAUAGUGACUUUUCUACUAGGGUAACUGCUACACGCUAGCAAACCAGUCAUUGCUGCUGUUGCUGAUACUGCUGCUGCUGCCGCUUACUGUGAUGUCGAAGUACAUUGUUCAGAGGGACUAUUUUCCUGUAGAGUCAUCACUUUCUAGAGUACUGUAGGGAUUAUAAGAUUAAUUUGUUUGUAUUUGUUGAGCCCCAAGGUUGUGAUCUCAGCAGCCUCACCGUAUACCACCAGAAAUGUGUUGUUCUCUAAUGUGUAGUGUAUACUUUCUCUGGUGCCACAUUGUUACGUGUCGUACCGUUGUUAAGUGAUGUAACCUACUGUUGGUUUGCCGUAUUUCUUAGCUAGGAUUUUGGUUGUUACUUCUACUACUACUAUUACUGCUACUACUACUACUACAUAAGAAAAUUGUCAUUAUUAUUUGACAUCACAGCUUUCUGCUAAAUUGGCUUCUGUUCUGGAAUAUCAUUAUUGUUAUUAUUGUUAUCAUGCUGAAGGUGGGAAGCAGCUAUCUUGCAUUUUUUUUUAUAUAGCUAGCCUUCUCCAUGCCUAUAAAAAUAUUCUAUUGGGUCUGCGUGUAAUCACAUCUUUCCUUCCUUUCUUUCUCCAUCUGUGAGGAUAACAUUCAUCAAAAACAGCAAGCAGGUUUAUGACAUUGAUGAAAGUUUUUUUUACUUACAUCGAAACUCUUUUUUGCCUAACAAUUAUUCAUACAUAGAAACCUUAACAUUACGAGGCACACAUGAUGGAGUUUGGAGAGUUAAUUCACAGCAUAAAGGUUCUGGUUAUGGGGUGACAGUUUUAAGUGGAACAAGGAUGUGAUGAUGGUUACGUUACAGCGAAUGAGUGGCAUGUAUAUAUCUAGGCUUACCAAAUAGACUGUGUGUGUGUGUGUGUGUGUGUGUGUUGGAAAAGGCUUUAGGUGUGCGUGUGUCGCUGUUGUGUUGUGUGAUGAUCACAAACAAUAUCCUUGUCGUGAUUUUAAGUAUAGGUUCGAGUGUUUGAUGUCAGCGAGACCAGAACAGUGAUCAAAUAGUUUAUUAUGCCAACCAUCUGGUGACAGUUUUUAUAAAGUGUACCACGAAAACUUUUGUUCCAAGAAUCAUCUAUUAAUAAAUUUUACGCCAAAAUGAU